UGCGCCCGGCGCGGACAGAGGGAGGGCGGGGAAAAGGGGCCUCGCCGCGGGAGGAGCCGCUCGGUGUCGGCAACAUGGCAGCGUCCAGCCGUGCCCAGGUGCUGCGGCUGUACCGCGCCCUGCUGCGGGAGAGCCAGCGCUUCAGCGGCUACAACUACAGAACAUACGCCAUCAGAAGGAUAAGAGAUGCCUUUAGAGAAAACAAGAAUAUAGCGGAUUCUGAAAAAAUAGAAGAACUACUGAAUAAAGCCAAAGCAAACCUCGAGAUUAUUCAACGGCAGGUUACCAUUGACCAGCUGUACUCCACAGAAAAAUUGGUCAUUGAGAGUCCAGGAAACACAUAGCCAAGAAAAGUCUCUGAUCCUGAAGCAACACUGGACCAUCUUCAGCAUCCUACAGUGCCACAUACAGAAGCAUAAACUCACUGCACAUGUCUGAGCUUGUCUGUUCAGCAGAAGAAAUGCUUGAGAGACUCAGUUUUUGGCAACCAAAGUAUUAUUUUCUAAUGGGUUACAUGUUCUAAGAUAAAUGCCUAUGAUUUUUAAUAGUAUGUACGGUAGUCUUGAAAUCUGUUUGCUUGUAUGUCCCAUGUGAUGGAACAGUUCCUGCCCAGUUUUGACAAUAAAACUUCAUUAAACUACCUU